AUGGAUGAUCUCAAAAGGGUCAAGGAGGCAUUUGAUGCUGCCCGCGAGUUCUUGAACCCGGUGCUCGAUCGAGAUGAAAUACAAAAAUUCCCAGGCCAGUCAUUGCUAGGAAUCCUGAGCAGCCGUUUACCAUGUUCACCUACCGAUGAAUCUGCUGCCAGAAGAGCUGUUGUUGGCCAAGCAUUAGAUAUUCUCGACCGGGUCCAUACGGGCUUUGUCACCCCGGUGCAGGACCAGCAUGUGGCUGCCAAUGAUGCCGCAGCAGGUGAGGAUACAGCACUGGAAGAUGCAAAGCGGCGGCGCCUUCUCCACGCAUUACUUGAUCUCAUAUCGUUGGAGGGUAUCUACCCGUCUCUUUCGUCUGGGGUCGGUAUUCCGCUCCAGCAGAGAAUAAUCUCGGUCCUGCCUGCCGGAGUCAUUGCAAAGCAAACUACCUUCCUUCCCAGCAGCAAACCCCAUGAUGAGACGCUUCUAUGUGUAAUAAUGAAAGCCCUUUUGAAUAUCAUGCUGGAGACCACGCCAAGUAUUCAGCCCGUCAUUCGUGGUCGCAUCCUGAGUGACAUUGUCAGUGGCACGGCAGACCUAGCAUUCAACCCAAAUAUCUCAAAUCUUCCUGAGCGAAGCCUCUACGCAAAUGGAUUCGCAAGGAUUAUCGAAGAUACACCAAGCGCUACUCUUCUGCCUAUGAUGUCUAGCUUCCUUCAAGCCGAUACGACGCCUUGGUUCAAAUCCACUGUCUCCGGCCAGAUUUCUCACGUGCCGCUUCGCCAGGGUGGAGUCGUGCAUACAAUUAUGUUCAUCGCCUCUCAGUUUGCUCCUUCUCUUGGACAGGAAGCACAAAGUGAGCCCUCGAAUGGGCCUCAUUUAACCGUGCAGGCUAUCAUGCAAACCUCUCGAUUGCUGUCAUCCGUUCCCCAGGGUAUCGAGCCUACAUCAUAUUUCAAAUCCAUUGCUCCUCAAUUACUAUCACUCCUGGAUGGGCCGGACCCAGAUUUGAAGAAAACUGCUUCCUACGUCAUAGGGAGUGGCAUAUUGGGGAAACGUGCAUACGGGGCUCUCGGCACAAUCGGCCAUUCGAUCUUUGUGGAGCCCAUCUUCGGAUCUUUGACUGCUGAUUUGAACAGCCAGACAAGGCACUGGAUGAUGCGGCUUCCAGAUGCCGAGGGGUCACCAUCGGUCAAUAUCGAGGAUAUGCAGCCAGGCUACACAAUUGUGGAUGGUGCUACGGUAGACCUCGCCCUCGACCGGCUGAGAAGCUUGGCACUUCAACAUCCAAACCCCAGCCUCGUGAAAAGACUCAUCUAUCCCAUUUUGCUGCCACUAUGGGGAUUUGCUUGCUAUUCUCAAGAGCAGAACCUCACUGCAUAUCACGAAAGGAUCAUGGCGUUGUUGCAGACAUACUUUAGUAUUUCUGUGGGCAUUCAACCGCUCAAGAAGCUCGUUGAUCAUCUGCUUUGGGACGGAGGCUCAGGAUGGACUUACAGCACCGAUGCACAAGCCCGGAUUGUAUUGAAAUCCCGCCAAGAGCAGCUAGAGAAUCAGUCAAACAUCAUUCGACUGAUCGAUUCGCUGCAAAGUCGCGCCGACCUUUUUGUCACUCUUUUAGGCUCGGACCCGAGCGGAGAAGAGCGCACGGGUGAUAUCUUCCUUUACGUGAGCGAGACUUGGCUUGUCCAGUCCAAUUCCUCGAAGGCUGGCCAGUCCCAAAAACUGGGCGACUCGGAAAACAUUUUCCAGAAACUAGUCAGCGCCAAAAUUGCUGAGAAAUUACUAGACAACUUCAAGGAUACUCUAUCGCGUCGGCCUUUGCGUGUUCUUGAACUCAUCAAACAAGUUGUGGAUGGUGAAUUACAUAGGUUCCAGAGCCAAGGGUCAACAAAGCAAGAUCCCAAAGGCAAGGUUUCGCUAUCAUCUCUGGCUUCUAUCGUCCCGGACGAGCAAAUAAGCAAGCAACAAGAAGGGGACACAUCAGAAAAAGAGUCAUCGGAAUCUCUCACGACCGCAUUCAGCCUUUUGUCAACUGUUUUGUCUUCCUCUGAAUUCAAAAUUUCAGAAGCGACAAAUCCUCUACUCGAGACUAUCAAAGAGCGCCUUGACCGACUCAUUCCGUGGCUCCCGCCUAUACUGUCAAAACCGGCCACUACAUCUUCCAUGCUGCUGGAGAUCCAGCUCACGGAUCCCGAACACGACGACACCAAACCAACACCUCCGCAUGUUGCUGAUCUUGAGACACAUCGCCGAGCACUGACGAGUCUUGACUCGGAACUACCGCCAGUACAAGCAGAGGGAUUCUCGCUCCUCUCAAAACUGGUCCUCAAAGGAUCGCCCGUACUUGAUAUUCCAUCAACUUUAACCCUCCUCCUGUCGAUCAUAACAGACCCCACAGAAUCAGUUGCCAACGAAGAGUUUAUCUACCUGAACGCAAUCAAGCUCACCGGCACCUUGGCUUCUCGACACCCUCGAACGGUAAUCAAAACCCUCGUUGAAAACUAUGCAGAUAAAAGUGAGCAAAGGACGCUUGAUCAACGUCUCAAAAUUGGCGAAUCGCUUCUCCGAACCGUUCAAGACCUGGGUGAUGUUCUGUCCGGCGAAACAGCCAAGAUCCUGGGCGACACCAUGAUCACUGUUGCCGGAAGACGAGGCCACAGACCGGAAACGCAGAAAGAGCGUAAAGCCCAGCUGGAAAAAGAGCGGCGCAAAAAAGAACACGAGGAUCGCAAAAUGAGAGAGCCGGCCUUACCGCCAGGAUGGAAAUUCUCUACGACUCCGACGCCUCCCAAGAAUCCUGGAAACGACGAGGAGGAAAAUUCCGAUGCCGAGUCACCUGAACAAAUAGCGCAUGCCGCCAAUGUCGUCGCCACAUGGGCAGCAGGAGCAGCUAAUGAUGAAGAACCGGAUGAUCUCCGUGUUCGUGCAUCCGCAUUAUCCAUCCUUGCCUCUGCGGUUCAGGUGAAUGCCAUCGGUCUCGGCCCCGAAAUCUUGUCGUCGGCAAUAGAAUUGGCACUGGCAACUCUAACGCUCGACCAAGCGCCCGAAAACGCCAUUCUUCGCCGGGCAAGUGUGGUUCUUAUUUUGGACAUUCUCAAGGCGCUUGACACAGCACGGGAAGCGAAGCCAGGGAGAGAUAUUGGAUUUGGAUUCUCAUUAAGAGACGAUUCGGCGUCGAGACUCUAUCCACAAGACCGUGAAUCAAAUGGGCCGUCCACUAUCGGAAAUAUUCCUCAUAUGCUGCGGAAGCUCGCCUUUGUGGAAAGCAAGGAGACGGAUGGGAUCGUGCGUGGGCAUUUGCGUGCUUUGAUUGAGAGCCUCGAGGCCUGGUUGGAGAAGUCCCUGCUUUGGGGGAUCAGCAUGCAGACUGAUGGGUUUGAUGAACCGAGUUUAGGGCUAGGUGAUAGGAUUGCUGGAUUGGAUGUUGAUCCUUUGGCUGGAAGGAGGUCUGGGCAGCCACGGAUUGAGGAGAUUGAGUAG